AUGCUCCUCUUGAACGCCUUCCAAAAACACUCGGCACUUUUUAGCCGCAUUGCGCAAAAUCCUGAUCAGCUGCCUGAGCCGCAACUUAGCAAACGCAGUGCACAUGAUCAUCAAGGUCCCUUCGAUUAUGAUGCGAUCCUCAGCGUGCCUGGCAAAACGCUGUACAUGAGCAAGGACAUCACUGAGGUGACGAGUGACACCGGUCUCAGGCCCCUCAUUUGA